UCUCUCGCAUGCAAAACGCUAGGCGCAUCACUCAUCACAGUGACAGUAAUUCCAAUAUCUGUGUAUCAAACCGAUAUGAACCGAAAACAAAGAAUCGGCAAUUUAAUUAAACAAGUUUCUUGUACGCAUUCGAGCCGUUUCUCGAGCUGAUCAAACGACAGUUGAACGUUAGAACUUGGCGCGACGUGUUGGCGAGCUUAACAUGAGAAUCGAAGUAGAAGCGUAAAAAAUAGAUUUCAAGCAUGGCAAAAACAAAUGAUACAGCGGCGGAGCCGGAACCGGAGACCAAGCUGAAUUAUAUGCAAAAACUAUGGCGCUAUCGUCGUUACAUGGUGAUCGAGCCAUUCUUCUUCUUCUACUUCAUGGCAUCCGUAUUCAACCAGGUGGCCAUGGCCAACUUCCCACUGGAGAAGGCAUGCCGUGUCAACCUCGGCUACAACAAAGCCACCUGCAUGGCCAUGUUGGAUAAAGCGGAAUUGGGCAUCGAUUGCGAUAGCUAUGAGUUCGAAAACACUACCGAUGGCGCAUCCAUGGACCAAACUUUGCUGGACGUCUAUUCGACAGGCUUCAAUUAUACGGUCUGCAAAGCCGAAGUGGAGGCCCAGAAGCUGUCCGCCGAUGUUUCGGGAAAACGUGCGCCCAUAGCUGCCAUAUUUCCAUUGAUUGUGCUGCUCUUCGCCGGAGGAUGGGCGGAUCGAUACAACAAGCGCAAACCAUGCAUGAUUAUACCCAUCGUGGGUGAAGCUUUAAUGUUCACCUGUCUCCUAAUUUCGGCCAUUUUCUUCGAUAGUCUGCCCAUGGAGUUCGGAAUGUAUUUGGAGGCGAUUGUGCCCGCGGUAUGUGGCGGUCUGACCUUCUGUUUGAUGGCGAUCUAUAGCUAUAUGACGAUUUCCACACCCGAAGAGGAUCGCAUCUUUCGGUUUGGCAUCUUUGCUAUGUUUUUAACCGGAGCUCCUCUUCUUGGGGCCUUCAGUGGAUAUCUCUUCAACACAUUUGGCUACAUAAUUUCGUUUGCUUCCGCCGUUGUCUUUCAAAUUAUUGCCAUACUCUAUAUCGUGUUCUUCAUCAAGGAGAUCAAGCCAAAGCCCAAGACAUCCGAGAAAGCGCCGGCUAACCCGGUGGAGGAUCAUGCUGCUGAUAAUAUGGCCUAUGAGCAAACCACCUUGGAUGAGCCGCCCGUUAGCAAGAAUGUUAACUUUCAAUUGACGCCACAUCUGGAGCCACCCAAAGUGGAGCCACCGCCUGUGCCUGUGAAACGUUCUUUGUUGAAGGAACUCUUUGAUCCCACCCUGGUAGUGGACUGCCUACGAUUUCCGUUGAUCAAGCGCAAGAAUAACGGACGCCUUCUACUACUUCUGCUGAUUCUGGCCUAUUUUCUUACUAUUGGCCCAAGCUCGGCUGAGAAUGACUAUUGGUAUCGCUUCACCCUGAGGAAGUUGAAUUGGAAUGGCAAUGACUUCUCCAUUUUUUUGACCUUAUCCGGGCUGGCGGCUCUAUUGGGUACUUUCAUAGGCACUGCCAUUCUUAGCAAGUUGCUCAAGUUCUCGGAUCCCUCCAUUGGAACUCUCUCCGCCCUGGCCAUUGUCUGUUCGCGUGUGAUGUUUGCUCUUGCCACUGACACCACGUCGUUCUAUGUGGCCUGCGUCGUGGACAUGUUUGUCAGUCUACGAGUCAUUGCCAUCAAAACCAUUGGCAGUAGCAUUGUGGAGGGAGAUGAGCUAAGCAAAAUGUAUUCCAUCUUUGGCAUCAGCGAACCGAUUGGCCAAUUCAUAUUUCCACCCAUUUACAGUCUGAUCUACCAAAACACAGUGGAGUCAUUUCCAGGAGCCUUCUUUCUGUUUGGAGAAAUCUUUUAUGUGCCCAAUGUUCUAGUCUUUGUCCUUUGCUAUUUCGUGUUGCGUCAUCGGAAGUCCAAAGAACAAAAGAAUUCCGUGGAACUGGCCCAAAAUAACGAAGGCAAUGGCCAGGCGGAUGCUGCCAAUGGCACAGAGAUUACUAGUCUAUGUAUGGAAAUAGCACAUAAAACUACGGUCGAGCCGGCGCCGGAGCCGGAACCCAAGUUGAAUUAUCUGCAAAAGAUUUGGCGCUAUCGUCGUUACAUGGUCAUCGAGUUAUCCUUCUUCUUCUACUUAAUGGCAAACAUACUCAACGAUGUAGCCAUUAGGAACCUUCCACUGGAGAAGGCAUGUCGCGUCAACCUCGGCUACAACAAAGCCACCUGCAUGGCCUUGUUGGAUAAAGCGGAAUUGGGCAUCGAUUGCGAUAGCUAUGAGUUCGAAAACACUAACGAUUGCGCCUGGAUGGACCAAACUUUGCUGGACGUGGAUUUGACGGGACUCAAUUAUACGGUCUGCGAAGCCGAUUGUAAGGUCCAGCAGCUGUUCGCCGAUGUUUCGGGAAAGCGUGCGCCCAUAGCCGCCAUAUUUACAUUGAUUAUCAUGCUUUUCGCCGGAGGCUGGGCGGACAAAUUCAACAAGCGCAAACCAUGCAUGGUUAUACCCAUCGUGGGCGAAGCUGUAUCAUUUAUCUGUCUAAUCAUUUCGGCGAUAUUCUUCGAUAGUCUGCCCAUGGAGUUCGGAAUGUACUUGGAGGCGAUUGUGCCCGCGGUCUGUGGCGGUCAGACACUUUGUGUAAUGGCGAUGUAUAGCUAUAUGACGAUAGCCACGCCAGAGGAAGAUCGCGUCUCCCGGUUUGGCAUCUUUAUAAUGUUUUUAAACGGACUUCCUUUACUGGGAGUCUUCAGUGGAUAUCUUCUCAACAUACUUGGCUACAUAACUUCGUUUGCCUCUGCCGUAGUCUUCAAAAUUAUUGCCAUUCUCUGUAUAAUGCUAUUCCUUAAGGAGAUCAAGCCAAAGCCCACAACAUCCGAGGAAACGCCAGAUAACCAGCUUAAGGGUCAUGCUGCUGAUAAUAUGGCCUAUGAGCAAACCGCCUUGGAUGAGCUGCCCGUUAGCAAGAAUGUUAACUUCCAAUUGACGCCACGUCUGGAGCCACCCAAAGUGGAGCCUCCGCCUGUGCCUGCAGUGAAACCUUCGUUGCUGAAGGAACUUUUUGAUCCCACCCUGGCGAAGGAAUGCCUACGAUUUCCGUUUAUCAAGCGCAAGAAUCACGGACGCCUUAUACUGAAUCUGCUUGUUCUGGCGACUUUCCUAAUCGUGGGCCCCUCCUUUGCUGAAAGUGACUUUGUGUAUCCCUUCACUAUAAAAAAGUUGAAUUGGAAUGGUACUGUGCUUUCUGUUUUUAAUACAAUCAACGGACUUCUGGGCAUAUUGGGUACUUACAUAGGGACUGCCAUCCUUAGCAAACGGCUCAAGUUCUCGGAUGCCUCCCUUGCCAUAUUCUCCUCUCUGGCCAUAGUCUGUUCGCGUCCGAUACUUGCCUUUGCGAAUAAUACGACGUGGUUCUAUGUGGGCUGUGCUGUGGACAUGUUUGCCCUUCUGCGAGUCAUUGCCACCAAAACCAUCAGCAGUAGAAUUGUGGAGGGAGAUGAGCUAAGCAAAAUGUAUUCCAUCUUUGGCAUCAUCGAACCAAUUACCCAAUUCAUGUUUCCACCCAUUUAUAGUAUGAUAUACCAAAAUACAGUGGAGUCAUUUCCAGGCGCCUUCUUUCUGUUUGGCGAAAUCUUUUAUGUGCCCAAUGUUCUAGUCUUUGUCCUUUGCUAUUUCGUGUUGCGUCAUCGGAAGUCCAAAGAACAAAAGAAUUCCGUGGAACUCGCCCAAAAUAAGGAAGCCAAUGGCCAGGCGGAUGCUGCCAAUGGCACAGAGAUUACUAGUCUAUGAGCCAAUUAGAAUAUCCCUAUAUGAAUCUAUAUAUGAAUCUGCAUACGCUAUGUAUAUAACUGUAUAUAUACGCCAUUCGCUUA